AUAGGUAUCGGGGGUAAGCUUCACAAAUGGAUCAACCACUGGCUAAGCAAUAAAAAGCAAAGAGUUGUAAUAAAUGGAGUGACCUCUGAGUGAAUGCUAGUCACUAGCUAGUGGUGUGACCCCCAAGGCUCUGUCCUGGGACCCGUUCUCUUCGUCAUUUACAUCAACGACAUUAACCUUGGUCUCAAAAAUUUCAUUAUUAAAUUUGCGGACGACGCGAAAAGCGGCGGUACUUACAGAAUGUGACAGGCGAAGCCUACAAGAAGAUUUGCGUAAAAUGUCAGUAAAAUGGGAAAUGCCUUUUAAUAUAAACAAGUGCAAUAUUCUGCAGGUUGGAUCUAGAAAUAUAAAGAAGGACUAUAAAAUGUGCGGCGUUAAAAUUAAAAGCGUUCACUCGGUCAAAGAUCUUGGCGUCACAGUCGCGUUUAGCCUCAAGUUUUCCCAGCAGUGCAACGAGCUAGUCCAUUAAAAAAGCAAACAGGAUGAUGGGUUUGAUUAAGAUAAAUUUUUCAUUCAAGAAUAAACAUGUUAUACUACCUUUGUAUAAUAGUUUCGUCAAACCUCAUUUGGAGUAUGUCGUGCAGUUUUGGUCUCCCCACCAUGCGAAAGACAUUGCUAAAUUAGAAGGUGUUCAGCGUAGAGCAACCAAGACGAUUCCUUCAUUACGAAACAAACCCUACGAGGAAAGGCUGUCACAUCUAAACCUGUUUCCUCUUGAAAAACGCCGCCUAAGAGGAAAACUGAUCAAGUGCUUUAAAAUACUUAACGGUUUCACCAACGUGGAUCCGACCAAGCUGUUUGUACGUGAUGGAAGUUUCGACGCGAACGAGACAUAAUGGCGCUUUGAACUCACAUGUAGACAAGUUCAUUCAGAUUCCACAAAAUUCUUCUUCACUAAUGCUGUCGUUCGAAAUUGGAACAGAUUACCACCAUCAAUGGUACAGUGUAACUCGAUUGCAUCGUUUAAGAUCGAAUAAUAUUGACCGCUAUCUCCUUAAUUCAUCUCAAUGUUCACCAGGUCAGUUUCAACGUCAUGGUGGCCGUAUAACAAAUAUGUACUUACGUGCUGCUGCUGGGCUGAGUGGGAACACGAAUGGACGAGUGAUGGAAGCAGUGAAAGAGUUCCUGGAAAUAAUGUGUCGUACAAGAUGUAGGGAAUAGUAUUGUGUCCCAUGUACGCAGGAUUCUGUCUGUUCUGUAGGUUUUUGUUUCUCGUCACAGACGUUACAAAGGCGGCAAGUGACCUGUGACAUCAAGAUCAAGGUCAAGCGGAGGCCGAUCCAAAUCCCAGCAGGGCCGACAGGCGUGACGGGGCUCAGGAGGCACUGGCAGCGGUCCCACAGCCUGACCAGCGCCCUGACACGCCCCAGAAGAGUGUGAAGUGUGCCUCGCGCCGCCCAGGCACACACGUCUUUUUGUGUCCCAACGGCCACCACUGGUGCUGGUGUUGAGUGAGGCCUUGCCUGCUCGAUUGGUCCCUGAGUGUGGCAGUGAAGGAACCUUGCUGCCGUCUGCUCCAGCAUCUCUGAGUUUCCUGCAAGACCAGCCGACUCCUCACAUCCAGAGUAGUGUUACAGUGGAGGCUGCAAGGCAGGGCAGCAGCUGGAGUGGCUGGAAUCAGCAGGAGCAGACUGCUACUGGUGUGAGCUUCAGGAGGGAUCAGAACUACCAACAACAACAACAUCAACAUCAGCUACUGCUGGCAUCUUCACCCACAAAGGGUUGAAUUUCAGAAGUGUGAGAAGAUCUGAGAGUUUACCAGCCACAGCCAAGAGUGUAGGAAAAGACUUUCCUGGAAGGAUGACCUCAAAAAAUACACCCAGACACUCUGCUGUAAGACCUCAUGAAAGCCGUGAGCGUGGCAAAAGGUUUAGAAAUAAGACUAACCCCAAACAUCACACCCUUACACACACUGGUGAAAGAAAUCAUAUAUGUGAAGUCUGUGGAAAAUUUUUCAGUCGGAAGAGUAACCUCAACACACACUCCCUUACACACACUGGUGAAAGAAAUCAUAAGUGUGAAGUUUGUGGAAAACAUUUCAGUCUGAAGAGUACCCUUAACACACACUCCCUUACACACACUGGUGAAAAAAAUCAUAAAUGUGAAGUCUGUGGAAAACAUUUCAGUCUGAAGAGUACCCUCAACACACACUCCCUUACACACACUGGUGAAAAAAAUCAUAAAUGUGAAGUCUGUGGAAAAUGUUUCAGUCUGAAGUGUAAUCUCAACACACACUCCCUUACACACACUGGUGAGAGAAAUCAUAAAUGUGAAGUCUGUGGAAAAUGUUUCAAUCAGAAGUGUAAUCUCAACACACACUCCCUUACACACACUGGUGAAAGAAAUCAUAAAUGUGAAGUCUGUGGAAAAUGUUUCAGUCGGAAGAGUAACCUCAACACACACUCCCUUACACACACUGGUGAAAGAAAUCAUAAAUGUGAAGUCUGUGGAAAAUGUUUCAGUCAGAAGAAUAGCCUCCACAGACACUCCCUUACACACACUGGUGAAAGAAAUCAUAAAUGUGAAGUCUGUGGAAAAUGUUUCAGUCUGAAGAGUAACUUCAACACACACUCCCUUAUACACACUGGGGAAAGAAAUUAUAAAUGUGAAGUCUGUGGAAAAUGUUUCAAUCAGAAGAGUCACCUCAACAAACACUCCCUUACACACACUGGUGAAAGAAAUCAUAAGUGUGAAGUCUGUGGAAAAUGUUUUAGUCAGAAGAGUAGCCUCAACGCACACUCCCUUACACACACUGGUGAAAGUGAAAGAAAUCAUAAAUGUGAAGUCUGUGGAAAAAUUUUCAGUCGGAAGAGUAACCUCAACACACACUCCCUUACACACACUGGUGAAAGAAAUCAUAAAUGUGAAGUCUGUGGAAAAUGUUUCAGUCUGAAGAGUAACCUUAACACACACUCCCUUACACACACUGGUGAAAGAAAUCAUAAAUGUGAAGUCUGUGGAAAAUGUUUCAGUCUGAAGAGUAGCCUCAACACACACUUCCUUACACACACUGGUGAAAGAAAUCACAAAUGUGAAGUCUGUGGAAAAUGUUUCAGUCUGAAGAGGAACCUCAACACACACUCCCUUACACACACUGGUGAAAGAAAUCACAAAUGUGAAGUCUGUGGAAAAUUUUUCUGUCAGAAGAGUAACCUCAACACACACUCCUUUACACACACUGAUGAAAGAAAUCAUGAGUGUGAAGUCUGUGGAAAAAGAUUCAAACUGAAGAAGGUAUGGAAGAUGCACACCUUCAGACACUGUGGUCAUAAGGGUUUCAAGUGCGAUGUGUGUGGGAAGAGAUUCAUCACCAAGCCAGAGAUUGCCAAACAUAUGAAGGUCCACUUCCGCUGAGGUGUUGUGCCGUGAGUCAGUGCUGCUGUGGUGGUGUUAUGGGGCAAAUAAAUGGUGACAGGCAGCAUGAUCUGUUAUCCACUUUCCAGCUUGGGCUGCAUGUGGUUAGUGGGUUCUGUGAGUGUGCUGGGCUGGCUGUUGUGGUCGGGGCUUAUUUGUCAAGUGUGUGUGUGUAUUAAUAGUAGUAAUGAACAGUGUAUUUGGUCUUACCCGCCAUUAAGCUGAAAAUGGGGGUGGCACGACAACACCGUCACCACUUGCCCCUCUCCAUACCCUCCCGUCUUCUCAUUCUUUCCUUCCCUCCCCUCCUCCUCUCAAGUGCUCUGCCCCCCUCCCCCCCUACCCCACUCUUCCCCCAAUCAGAAAUAACAGGUGCAGCAUUUACAUGUGUUUUGUACGUCCUCAGAUCUCGGUGUACCGCUCGGGAAUUUAUGUAAAAAAAAAAAAGCAAGUUGCGA